AUGGUCGGAGUCAUUGAACGCGCUCACUUCGGUCGCCAGCCCCCUCGCGUGAAGCUAUCCGCUGCCCAGCGCCACUUGCCGUCGCAUGUGGUCAACCUCUCGGGCGUUUCCCGCCUCCUCAAACGUGUUGCCCUUCCCGUACCUCCACCUAACGAAUUCCCUCUGCAACCGUCCCGUGUCGAGGCGUACCACUCGGCCCUCACCCGGCGCUUCGUCGACUACUUGGCCCUAGUCACGCAGUUCACCAAGUCGCAAUGCCCCUCCACUCCCCCAGACAUGUUUAGCCAUGACGUCCAGUGCGACGGAAGCGCCGGUCGCCACGCUGUGAACGCACUGUGGCUCCAGUGGGCUACACUAUUUCCCGGCUACCAGUUGAGCGUCGUGGUGAUAGAUGUGGUGGCUGCAGACAAUGCAACGGCCAACUUGACCGUACGCGUGGAAGUGCAAAUGACGCUUGGAGACAGGACGUCGGCUUGCUUGCAGACGCCCCACUGGCGCCAACCAACUGACGUGGCGCUGCAAGGCUACUUCAUGGUGCAGUUCGACGGAGGUUCCGGGGGCAUAUUGAGCUUACAGCCCCAGAUCAACUUUGCUCCAGCUUUUAAGCCACGGGGGCUAUACCGACGAGACAGGGUUGCCCGGAAUUCGACCCAAGUUGCUUUUGAGUUGGACAAGGCGAAAAAAUCCAAGUUUGCCUUGAGCUUCAUCUUAAAUGACGAGGUGGUCGGUUAA